GCUUCACCUGCAUUGACGCCUGAGCCCCUUUGCUUCCGCUUGCAUCCGACAAAAAUGGCGGUUAUGGACCUUGUGUUGGGCCCUACCUUGAUAGGUGUCCUCUUCAACGUGCUGCUGUUUGGAUGCAUGGUCACGCAAUGCUACAUUUAUUUUAUCACCUUCAAAACGGAUAACCCGCGGAUACGAGUGCUUGUAUGGUUCCUCCUAUUCAUGGACACGCUCAAUUCAGCAUUCGAGUGUGUGGUGGUAUACGGCUACACAAUUACCAACUUCGGCGAUUUCGUAGCAGCGUCGAAUGGGAACUGGCGAGCGGGCACAGGCCCCGUGCUUAUUGGCAUUAUCGCUGGGACAGUGCAGGGCUUCUUCGCGUGGAGGGUCUACCGCCUAACGCACAUGCGCUGGUUCUUCGGGUUCAUCUGCUGCCUCAUCUUUCUUCAAUUCCUUGGGGCUACAGGAACGGGGAUUGCGGGCAGCAUUAUCACCCCAUUCGUCGAGUGGAACAGGUGGCAGGUCAAAGUCCCGAUCGUGGUCUGGCUGGUCCUCGCGGCGACCGUCGACUGUCUUAUCACUGGCACGCUUACAUUCUACCUGAGACGCAACCGCACUGGUUUCGUGGCGACUGACCAUAUCAUCACGCGGCUCAUCAAGAUUACGGUGCAGACUGGUAUGUUGACAGCGGUUUGGGCGGUCAUGGACCUCAUCCUCUAUCUCUCCGUACCCUCGCCGGUUCACCUUAUCUUCAAUCUGCCCCUCCCGAAGCUGUACAGCAACUCACUGCUGUCGACGCUCAACGCGCGCAUGAGCACCAGCGGCGAGUCGAGCCGCUCUGGCCACGUGAUCAACACGGACACCGCGUGGAAAGAUCGCCAUGAGACGAACGCGGUGGUCAGCGGGAUACAUGUCACCACCGUCGCUACGAUUCACCACGACGAGUUCGAGAUGACGGAUACCAAAAGGGCUGAAGAUCCUGCGACGGAGGACGACAACAUUAGCUCCGGCGCAGAUGUGGACAUCGAAGCCAACAAGCGGAAGCACGGCGAAUAUGCGCUCUCGUGGAGGUGAAAUCGGGUCACUCCCAACGCCAUUUGUAUACCAUCCUAUCACAUUGACGUUUUUAACCUUGGGGACAUGGACAUUGUCAUCACUCGUCAGCGGAGUACCUUGCACGUUCAUUGAUCGCGACUGUUUAUGUUCAAUCCAGGAAUCAGAGGUAGUUUGUACUACUAGUGUAGGGUGUAGGCGUCAUGUCACGAAAUAAAGAUUGCUACAG